GGCAGGAGCCCUUUGACGUUGAGGCUCCGCCGAGCAGGGGUGAGGAGGGGGCUGAGGGAUGUCCUGGCACUUCCAGGCACAUCUCCCACCAUGCUGUGCCCCUGCCAGGGGUGCUGGAGACCCAGCAGAGCCUGUGGCCAUGCAGUUUGCAGCAGGCAGGGUCUGUCCCCGCAGCUCCCAUGAGGUCACGGCCAGGCCGGUGCCCCCGGGGAUGUUGGAGGGGAGGUGGUGGCCAGGAGCACGUGGGAAGGACAGGUUUAGUUCCACAGCAGGACUUGGCAAACUGGUGCUUUUUAAACGGGCAAAGGCAAUGUCUGCGAGCACAGAAACCUGUCAGGGCUGGGCUGGAUCCACGGGGUGGGAGAGAAGGGUGCAGAUCCCGCUGCCACGGGCCCUGUUCCUGCAGAUCCCAUCACCACAGCCCCCAUUCCUGCAGAUCCCAUCACCACAGCCCCCAUUCCUGCAGACCCCCCCACCACAGGCCCCAUCAUUACAGACCCCAUUCUGCAGAUCCCAUCGCUACAGAUCCCCCUGCCACAAACCCCAUCACUCCAGACCCCACCACUGCAUCCCCCACCACCCCCAGGACCACCUGACCGGCGCUGGGGGAUUCCAAACCACCUUGCCAAGCAGGAAACGAGCAAUUCCUCCCUUCUUUUUUGGUUUUUUGUGUUUUUUUUUUUUUUUUCUUUUCUCACUUCCUGAGCUUUGAGUCAUUAGGUGUCAGGCUUUCAAGUUUAUUUCACCAGCCUGGAAUGCAUCUUUAAAAAUAAUAGUCAUUGAAAAAAACUGAAAGCUGAGAUUCAGCUGUAAUCCCAUGACUCAAGGAGGUGUGGAAGGAAGAAAAUCACGAAAUCCCAUGAGUUCCAACAAUGAAAGCAUGAGAGCUGGCAGGACUGUGCCACAUAAAUCAUCAAAACUAAACACCAUCCGUCAAAAUGAAAGGAAUUAAGCCAAUCUCACCAGGCUGUUUUAAUUAUUUUUUAAUGAGGAUUUGCUCAUUCAGAAAAUUCACCCCUGACAAUGCCUGCCCCGAGCCAUUCACGCCGGGCAGGGUGGACACGCUUGGCUUGGCCCCACCACCCCCACCCCGGGGCUGCUCUGGGAUGGGGAGCACAGAGGAGGGUGCCAAGGAGGGGAGAGUAGGGCAAAUUACCCAAAACCACACCGGGAGUCCUGGUUUUGUUGCAGUCCAAACACUAGCCCUGGUUUUGUUGCAAUCCAAAAUGCUGCGGCGGGGAAGUCAUGAGCAAAAUCCUCCUUCCUGGAUGGUCCCUGUUGUCAUCCCAAACAUUCCCAGAAUGAGAUUUGGGUCUUAAAGCUCACCUUGUUCCACCCAUGGCAGGGGACACCUUCCACUAGCCCAGCUUGCUCCAAGCUGGCCCCUUGGACACUUCCAGGGGUGAGGAAGCCACGACCACCAGCCCCUGUUAAUAUUUCGGUGGCUGCUGGGCGAAAGCAGCUCCGAGCAGGAUUAUUGGCAGCCUGUCUGCGCUCUGCCAGCGAGCUCCUCCAGCCCCCAGACCUGCUCUCGCUACCUUUCAUGCUAUUGAUUUUUCCUUUAGCAAGGCAGGCACGAGGCACGGAAGGGGCAGAGGGAGCACAACCCGCUGUGCUUCCCGGGGAGCGGCUGGGAUGGGAAGGAUUGGAGCGGGCACGUCCGUCUGGUGGUCAGGGAGCCGAGGCUGGGGGCUUUGUGCCAAAUCUUGCCCUUCUCUGCCAGCCCCAGCGCCCCCCAGGCACUGCCCAAGGAGCUUUAGCAGAGAGAUUUGUCCUGAGGUUUUCUGUCUGCUCCGUCCUCAGGGACACCUGAGGGGACGCGCACGGGACGAGCGUUCCCAUGAAAGCCCUGCCGUGCAGAAGGCAUUGGCAAGGGACCCCUGGCAAAGGUCCAGAGUGAAGAGGAGAUGCUGCCAGCACCAGGUUCUCCCGGGGGUGCUCCCGAGCCUCUCCUGCUCCGGGGGAUGCCCCAGUUCACCUUUGCUUGCUUCUGUGGGCUCCAUGGCUUCUGCAAGAUGAAGAGGAAGAAAGAAGAGUCCAGUGCAGAGCAGGAGACGGCCGUGUGAGGAGCAGACCCUGCCGAGCUGUGCCUCGGGACCCCUCCUCGUCCCCUCGGCCACGGGGAUGACCUUGCUGGGAGGCAGAAGCAGAGGCUGGGGGUGUCACCCCGGUGCUGCAGCAAUCCCACCCGGACACCCCGCCCUGCCGGGCACUGAGCCCCCAGCACCCCAACACUCGGGGUCAGAGGGUCCCUGCACCCCAGGGGGAUAGACAUUUCCCUCCUGGACAAGCCAACCUGCCCCUUGCUCCAGCAAAUCUCAACACACAGACCUGGAAGGGUUUCAAAAGCUGGGGCCAGGCCUUGGGGUCCCGGUGCUGGGCAGGGUUGGCCCCUGGCUGGUAAGUUGUCCAGCUGCUGCAGGACUGGCUGAAGGCAGAAAACGAGCUGGUUUGGGGUUUGUUUCUCUUCCUAAAGUCUCAAGCAAUUGUCUGUGACUCCAAGAAGCCGUUCUCCGUGCCUCUGCUCCCAUGGCUGCAGCACCCUGCAGUGUUUUGGAGGCACCAGACACACGGACCCUGCUCGGAUGCCUCUCCCCAUGGGACCAGUGCAGACCAGCAGCUCCCACCCCACGGGCAGGGGGGACACCUCAGGGUGUGAGCCCACCCCCUGCCCCCUGAGCCGUGAGGCUCAGCAGGAGGUUGUUCUUUUUUGGCGGCCAGGACCAAAGCCCUGAGCUUGGGGCACCUGAGAUCCGUUCCAGGGACAUUUUCUCCGGGGCAGAAAUCCUUCAAUUCUUCCAUGCUGCGCUUCCCACCUCCCUGUGGAGACCCUCUGAGCCUGGGGCCAAAGGCAGCGCCCAGGAUUGCUGGGCAGGAGCUGCUCUUCCCCAGGGCUAGUCCUGCUCCUGCCACCACCUUUGCUGUGGUGGCCGUGCCCACGAACCCCCUUCCCCCCCCACCCCGUCCGUCUGUCCUCCCCACCCUCUGCUAAAGCCAUACAGGGGCCCCCUGCAUGCUGUGCCUUCCCCAGGGGACUCAGGCAGACAUUCCCACUGGGAUACCCUCCAAACAGCCCCAGGGGCUGCACGUGGGAGAGCUGGAGAGUGUUGGUGAGCCCGGGUCUCCUGGGGUUUGGGUCUCGGUGACAGCUCCCCCAUCCCUGAACACGCACAGGGUUUGGGUCUCAGUGCCCAGUUCCCUGUCCCUGAACACACCCAGCCUUCCCAUUCGGGCACCAGCAGCUCCCAUUUGCUGGAGAGCAGCAGGGACAGCCCCUGGAAAGGGUAAAUGCUUGGGGGCAGCCGGUUGGCACAGGGGGGGGAUUGACUUUGAACCCCCUGAGGAGCCCCAAUCAUGGGGAUGAGCACCCUUGGAGCACAAAUUCUCCCCCAUGGUUAAGUGGCUUGACCUUUCCAGGGUUUUCCCAGUGCUCCCAGACCCACACUCGGCCAACAGAGCUGUCUGUGCCACUGACAGCUCCCUUAGGAGCAGAUCUGUUGGCUCAGCCAACAUCCAGGACCAACACGGCUGUUAUUUUAUUUUCUUAUCCAAAGGAUUUAGCACAAAAACCUGAGCUUGGCCAGCAGUAACAGCACAAAGGUGCAGCUGAGGAGCUUUAAAUCCUCCCUGCUGGGUGCCUGUUUCCCAGGAAGCAGCUGACUGGGGUGGGAUGUGCUGGGAGGUGGCAGCCAGGGGAGGACACCGGGCAGGGGGACACGGGUUAUGUGAGGUCUCUGUGUGUCACACCCGGGCUGGGGCAGCUCAGGACACUUUGCUCUUUCCCCUCCUUGAUCCCAAGCGAUGUGAGCUGUGGGAUCCAGUGGUGGAGCCCCCCAGAAGUGUUCCCAGGUGGGUAUUUCCCAGCUGGACUCCAGGCUGGGCUGGGAUGAGCUGGGAGCUGUGCAGACAUAGUGCAUGACCACAGGAUGGGUUGGGUUGGAAGGGACCUUAAAGCCCACCCAGUUCCAAGCUCCCUGAACACACCCCGCACACGCCACGCACACCCCACCCGUGCUGUGUGCCUGCUCAGGUUUUUCCCUGUGUCUCGAACAUUCCUGUCUCCAGAGAGGGGUUCCCAAGGCUGGGAAGUUCAAUGAAUGUAGCACGUAAAACCCAGACAGGCAGACGCUCGCCCACACCCAUUAUGUGUGCAUUUGAAAACGGGAACAAACCAACCAGGAGCCGUGUGAAUGUUAAAGCCGCUCGAGCCGUAGUUUUUAUUUUCGAAGAGAAUUUCCCACCUCCCUGGGUGGAUGCAGCUCUCAAAGAAGCAACAAUAUGUUUUCCACCAUGUCCCCGAGCAAAAUGGUUUGCUCCUGGAUUGACCUCUAUUGUGUUCGUAAACGGCUCGUGGUGCUUUUUGAUUCCCCCCCUCCCAUCAUAACGACUUGACCUCCAGAUUUAUGGCUGAAGGUCUUUUCAUCUGCACGUUGUUCCCCCACCAGACCGCAGCCUGACGCUUUUCUGGAGCAAACCUGCCAAGAGCUGAGCCCCUCAGAGCCCCCCAUCCUCCCACUGGCAAAUCUGCAGCAGGCAGAAGCGAAUGGAUUUGUUUCUCUCUUUCCCGUGGCAGCGUUUUAAUAGGGCAGCGUCUGCUCCGAGCCUGCGAGGGCUGGGAUGUGACAGCUCCUGUCACAGAACGCUCCCUCCCCGUCUCCUUCUCUCUUCCCCCACGUUUGCACAACCCCUGGCGUUUUUAGAGACUCGGAGUUUGCUUCUUUUCCCGGGUUUCCUCUUGCUCUCCUUGCCCUUUGGCUCUUCCAACCCCAACUUUCGCUUCUCUGCUCUGGAGUCUCCCGGACCUGAGCGAUGCUGGAGCAGAUAAAUCUUACUGACUUACUAACUAUCAUCCAGUAGUUCCCAAGUGCUUUUCCAAGGUUUUUCCAUCCUCUGGAGAGGGGAAGGAAGGUGCAGGGAGCUCCCUGGGCUUGCUCACUGAGGCUGCAGAACCCCUCCUGACCUGGCUCUUCCUGGGGCAUCCCUGGGGAAGGGGGGCAGGAAGGUGUGAGGUGUCCUCCCCAUCACGAAUCCAGCUCAGUGUGCAGCUGGAAUCUCUGCAAGUCCCCAUUACCUCGCACCAUGGGUUCCCAGGGUUUCUGGAGGGAGCCUCCACCUCCACCCCUCCUCGGGGAAAGGAGAGCCCUGCUCCUGAAAGAUGCAUUUGUUCCCACCAGCAAUAAUCCUCCUUUAAUCCUAUUACACCCAGGAAGGCAUCCAAAUUCCCUUGGAGCAGAUGAUGGGAUGCACAGAGGAGGGGGCCCCUCUCUCCCUGUGGUGCCUGCCCUGGGUCCCCACUGGGGUUUGGGGGGUGGGUGCCCCACAGCUCAUCCCCUUCCCGUGCUCCUCGAGCUUUUCCUCCAGUUCCAAAGGUCUGGAGUGAAGCAACGACACCCCUGGGAUGGAGCAGAACAUCCUCCCAAAACAGGCAGUGUGGCCCCCCCCUGGAAAUUCUGGCCUCCUUGGGAGGCAAGGGAGGAGGGAAAGAGCCUGCAGAUGUUUAUUUGCAUGGACCACAGCCAGGCUGGGGACCAAAACCUGCAGGGGGAUGGUGCAGACCCCUUGAAAGAUGGGCUGGGGAUGGAGGGGUCCUGGGGAUGGAAUUGUCCCAGUAACAGAAGGGUCCUGGUGAAUGGGGGGCCUUAGUGACAGAGGGAUCCUGGCUUUUGAGUUGUCCUGGUGCUGGAGGGGUCCUGGGGAAUGAGGGAUCCUGGUGCUGGAGGGAUCCUGGUGCCAGAGGGGUCCUGGUGCCAGGGGGGUCGUGCCAGAGCAGCGUGCAGGAUCUGGUGUGAGCUGCAGGAAUGUUUGUGCACUGAGCUGGAAGGGCACAAGCACCAGCUGGGGGAGGCAAGCCAAGGAAAAAAACUGCAGCUUGAACUCUCCAUCUGGUAACACAUUCUUAAAGGGUUUGCUGGGGAUGUGAAAGAGGAGCAGAAAAUAACCCUGGGGAGCCCGAGGCUGACGCUCCACAGCAGGACAGACUUCCACCCAAGCCAUGACCUGGAGCACAAUGAGCUCUGUUUGCUGCAGGCAGGGCAAUCUCUGCAUCCUUUGGGGGGGUAGCCAAGAGAAAAAAACCACUAUUUUUCCCAUUAUUAUUAUUAUUUUUUCCCCAGAAAUCACCUGGUCAAAGCCAUCCUUUCUCCCCUCCCACGGGCAGGAUUUUCUUUCCAGCUGCUCUUGGCCUGGAUGCUCAUUCCAGCUGACCUCUCCGAGCUCUCCUCUCGCUCAAAACGAUUUCUGGCUGCCCCCAAAACACUGCUUCUCCCAGAAUGUUAUUCUAAGGACAAAGCCCAGGCAGCUUUGGGCAGCUCCAGGUGGGCAUGGGGGAAGCUCACGUUGUUUUGGGAAAAUGCUGAGCGUGUUCUGUUCCUAUUUCUGCACAUCAGCAGAGCCUCCCGAGUUCAGGGUUUGCAGCCCUGGCGAGUCCUUGGCGAGGACCUUCAGAUUUAGCUUUGGGCCAAAAAGAAAAGAAAAAAAACCAAAAACCCAGGGGUGUUGGUGAAACCCAAAGUGUAUUUCUUGAAUGUAACUUUCUUUUUGCACAAGGAUUCAUGGUGAGCACGGGAUGGACUUUAUUACCUGGGAUUAAUCGCUGCUCUGGAGUUUAUUAAGUGUAAAGAUGUGGGUCAAGCUCGACCCUUGUUUUAUGCCAGUGUAAACCCAGAGAGACAAUCUGACACUGAGGUGUCUCCAGAAAUAUUAACUAAACAGAAAUGAGCUUGGACUGGACCCCAACACUCAGAUUUCUCCUGUUUCUCCAGAUUUUUCCUAUGCAAAAACACACAAGCAACCAGCACAGGCAGGCAAAGGCAGGCUCACAGCAGGUCCUGACUCAACAAAGCCUUGCCUAAAUCUCAGUGCUUGCUUUGGGAUUUUGCUCCAGCCCAUAAAUUUUCCUGAUUCCACCCGAAAUAAACCCGUAUUGAUCCCUGACAAAGCAGGAAAGGCACAGGAGCAUCCUUGCAACGUCCCCCUGAUGCUGCCUAACAGGGAUCAGAGCAUUAAACCUCUUUGUAUCGUCCUUUUUUUUUUUUUUUUUUUUAAUCCCACUGCCUGGAUUUCAUCAGGAAAGGGAGCUGUUCCUCCUCAGGAGUCUCCCGGCCCCAGGAGCCAUAGAAACCCAGUACUGUACGUUUGGGAAAAUAAACGUGGCAUUUGUAAAUAAACACACACGUCUCUACGCACAGAGCAGAGCGCUUCCCAUGGGAAUUCCCUAUGCUAGAGGAAUAUGUAAGUUAAAUAAAUAAAUA